GCGGUGCUGGGUACGCGCUUCCCAGCAGGCCGCGCGGGCGCUUCCGUCCCCGCGUGACGCGGGACUUCCGGCGCGGAGGGGCUGGGCGGGCGCGCGGGGAGCCCAGCCCUAGCGGCGCGGGGCGGCGGCGCCAUGGAGGCCGUGCCCCGCAUGCCCAUGAUCUGGCUGGACCUGAAGGAGGCCGGUGACUUCCACUUCCAGCCGGCCGUCAAGAAGUUUGUCCUGAAGAAUUACGGAGAGAACCCCGAAGCCUACAAUGAGGAAAUGAAGAAGCUGGAGUUGCUUAGACAGAAUGCGGUCCGUGUCCCACGGGACUUUGAGGGCUGCAGUGUCCUCCGGAAGUACCUGGGCCAGCUUCACUAUCUGCAGAGUCGGGUCCCCAUGGGCUCAGGCCAGGAGGCUGCUGUUCCUGUCACCUGGACUGAGAUCUUCUCAGGCAAGUCUGUGGCCCAUGAGGACAUCAAGUAUGAGCAGGCCUGCAUUCUCUACAACCUCGGGGCACUGCACUCUAUGCUGGGGGCCGUGGAUAAGCGGGUGUCCGAGGAGGGCAUGAAGGUCUCCUGUACCCACUUCCAGUGUGCAGCGGGCGCCUUCGCCUACCUGCGCGAGCACUUCCCUCACGCCUACAGCGUUGACAUGAGCCGCCAAAUCCUCACGCUCAAUGUCAACCUCAUGCUGGGCCAGGCUCAGGAGUGCCUUCUGGAGAAGUCCAUGCUGGACAACAGGAAGAGCUUCCUGGUGGCCCGCAUCAGCGCACAGGUGGUGGACUACUACAAGGAGGCGUGCCGCGCCCUGGAGAACCCCGACACCGCCUCGCUGCUGGGCCGGAUCCAGAAGGACUGGAAGAAGCUUGUGCAGAUGAAAAUCUACUACUUCGCAGCCGUGGCUCAUCUGCACAUGGGGAAGCAGGCCGAGGAGCAGCAGAAAUUUGGAGAGCGGGUCACAUACUUCCAGAGCGCCCUGGACCAGCUCAAUGAAGCCAUCAAGUUGGCCAAGGGCCAGCCUGACACCGUGCAAGAUGCACUGCGCUUCACUAUGGAUGUCAUUGGGGGAAAGUACAAUUCUGCCAAGAAGGACAACGAUUUCAUCUACCAUGAGGCCAUCCCAGCUCUGGACACCCUCCAGCCUGUAAAAGGCGCCCCCUUGGUGAAGCCCUUACCAGUAAACCCCACGGACCCAGCUGUUACGGGCCCUGACAUCUUCGCCAAACUGGUACCCAUGGCUGCGCAUGAAGCCUCGUCGCUGUACAGUGAGGAGAAGGCCAAGCUGCUUCGGGAGGUGAUGGCCAAGAUUGAGGACAAGAACGAGGUUCUGGACCAGUUCAUGGAUUCUAUGCAGCUGGACCCCGAUACAGUGGACAACCUGGAUGUGUACGGCCACAUCCCACCCCAGCUCAUGGAGAAGUGUGCUGCUCUCAGCGUCCGGCCAGACACCGUGCGGAACCUCGUCCAGUCCAUGCAAGUGCUGUCAGGCGUGUUCACGGACGUGGAGGCCUCCCUGAAGGACAUCAGGGCUCUGCUGGAGGAGGACGAGCUGCUGGACCAGAAGUUGCAGGAGGUGGUGGGCCCAGCGGGGGCUGGGCUGGCUGUCUCCAAGGCUGAGCUGGCAGAAGUGAGGCGAGAAUGGGCCAAGUACAUGGAAGCCCAUGAGAAGGCUUCCUUCACCAACAGUGAGCUGCACCGUGCCAUGAACCUGCACGUUGGCAACCUGCGCCUGCUCAGUGGCCCGCUGGACCAGGUCCGGGCUGCCCUGCCCACACCAGCCCUCAGCCCAGAGGACAAGGCUGUGCUACAGAACCUGAAGCACAUCCUGGCCAAGGUGCAGGAGAUGAGGGACCAGCGGGUAUCCCUGGAGCAGCAGCUGCGUGAGCUCAUCCAGAAGGAUGAUAUCACCGCCUCUCUGGUGACUACGGACCACACGGAGAUGAAGAGGCUGUUCGAGGACCAGCUGAAGAAGUAUGACCAGCUGAGGGUGUACCUGGACCAGAACCUGGCUGCCCAGGACAAUGUCCUCCGGGCCCUGACGGAGGCCAACGUGCAGUAUGCGGCCGUGCGGCGGGUACUCAGCGACCUGGACCACAAGUGGAACUCCACGCUACAGACCCUGGUGGCCUCAUAUGAAGCCUAUGAGGAUCUGAUGAAGAAGUCCCAGGAGGGCAAGGACUUCUAUGCAGACCUAGAAAGCAAGGUGGCCGCGCUCCUGGAACGGGCACAGACCGCCUGCCAGGCUCGUGAGGCUGCCCGCCAGCAGCUCCUGGACAGGGAGCUGAAGAAGAAGCCACCCCCACGGCCCACAGCCCCAAAGCCGCUGCUGCCCCGCAGGGAGGAGGGUGAGGCCGUGGAGGCAGACCUGCCCGAGGAGCUGCGCAGCUUGCCCCCCGACCCCUUCCUGGCAACUGCUGCUCCUGUCCACUUUCCUCCCAGUGCCUUCCCCACCCCUACACCCCACUAUCUGUCAGGCCCACACCCUGGUACCUACUCUGGCCCCAGCCCAAUGUUGCAGUCCAGGGCCCCCCAGGCCCCAGGGCACCCUCCCAUGGCCAUGGCCCCUGGCCAUGCCCUCUACUCAGCCCCUGCCUACACACCAGAGCUGGGCCUUGCGCCUCGGUCCUCCCCUCAGCACAGGGCGGGGAGCGGUGCCUAUCAGGGGGCAGGGCCACCUCCACCGGUUGUAGGUCUGCCCUCAGCGCCACCAUCCCAGUUCUCAGGCCCCGAGUUAGUCCUGGGGGUCCGGCCUGCAACCACCACGGUAGAUAGUGUCCAGGCCCCCAUCUCCAGCCUCCCAGCACCACGGCCACACCUCAGCCCUGCUCCUCCCCAGCCCUGCUUCCCAGGGCCACAGCCCUAUGUCUACCCUGUAGGGACCAAGCAGCCUGUUCCAGCACCCCCCCAGCAGUUCUGUCCUGGGAUCCCCCCAGGUUUUCCAGCCCCGGGGAUUGGCCCCCCAAACCCCCUGCCCCCACAGCAGCCCCUUCCACUCCAGCAUCCACACCUCUUUCCACCCCAGGCUCCAGGACUGGCCCCUACCCAGCCCCCCUACUCCUUUGCCCCUCAGCCUGGUGUUCUGGGGCAGCCACCACCCACACUGCACACCCAGCUCUACUCAGGCCCCUCUCAGGACCCUCUGCCGCCCAACUCAGGGGCUCUGCCUUUCCCCAGCCCUGGGCCCCGUCAGCCUCCCCAUCCCACCCUGACAUAUGGUCCUGCACCUGCCCCCAGGCCUCUGGGCCCCCAGGCAGCCCCUCUCUCCAUCCGAGGCCCUCCUCCCACUGGCCAGUCCACCCCCAGUCCACGCCUGGUGCCUUCGCCUGCACCCUCUCCGGGGCCUGGCCCGGCACCUCGGCCCCCUGCAGCAGAGCCACCCCCAUGUCUGCGCCGAGGUGCCACGGCGGCAGACCUCCUGUCCUCCAGCCCUGAGAGCCAGCAUGGUGGUGUGCAGCCUCCUGGUGGGGGGCAGCCCCUGCUGCAGCCCACUAAGGCGGAUGCGGCUGAGGGACGGCGCCCACAGGCCCUGCGGCUCAUCGAGCAGGACCCCUAUGAGCGCCCUGAGCGGCUGCAGCAGCUGCAGCAGGAGCUGGAGGCCUUUCGGGGCCAGCUGGGAGACCCAGGGGCUCUGGACGCAGUCUGGCGGGAGCUGCAGGACGCACAGGAGCACGAUGCCCGUGGCCGGUCCAUCGCCAUCGCGCGCUGCUACUCACUGAAGAACCGGCGUCAGGAUGCCAUGCCCUAUGACAGUAACCGUGUGGUCUUGCGCUCGGGCAAGGAUGACUACAUCAACGCCAGCCUCGUGGAGGGGCUCUCGCCGUACUGCCCCCCAUUGGUGGCCACCCAGGCACCUCUGCCUGGCACAGCUGCUGAUUUUUGGCUCAUGGUGCACGAGCAGAAAGUGUCGGUCAUUGUCAUGCUGGUGUCUGAGGCCGAGGUGGAGAAGCAAAAGGUGGCACGCUACUACCCAACUGAGAGGGGCCAGCCUGUGGUGCACGGUGCCCUGAGCCUGGCCCUGAGCAGCGUCCGCACUACUGAGACCCACGUGGAGCGUGUGCUGAGCCUGCAGUUCCGUGACCAGAGCCUCAAGCGCUCUGUGGUGCACCUGCACUUCCCCACGUGGCCCGAGUUAGGCCUGCCCGACAGCCCCAGCGGCCUGCUGUGCUUCAUCCGGGAGGUGCACACGCACUACCUGCACCAGCGGCCCCUGCACACGCCGAUCAUCGUGCACUGCAGCUCCGGGGUGGGCCGCACAGGAGCCUUUGCACUGCUCUACGCGGCUGUGCAGGAGGUGGAGGCUGGAAGCGGGAUCCCAGAGCUGCCACGGCUGGUGCGGCGCAUGCGGCAGCAGAGGAAGCACAUGCUGCAGGAGAAGUUGCACCUCCGGUUCUGCCAGGAGGCAGUGGUGAAACAUGUGGAGCAGGUCUUGCAGCGCCAUGGCGUGCCCCCCCCGGGCAAACCCUCUGCUGGCACAGGCCUCGGCCAGAAGGUGAGGUGGGGCCAGGGCAGCUGGGUGGAUGCGACUCAUGGGCCCCCACGGUCACCUGCUCUGUCUUCUCAGCAUCACCUUCCUCAGGACUCCCAGGACCUGGUCCUUGGUGGGGACGUGCCCAUCAGCUCCAUUCAGGCCACGAUUGCCAAGCUCAGCAUCCGCCCUCCUGGGGGACUAGAGUCCCCAGCUGGCAGCCUGCCUGGCCCAGCAGAGCCCGUGGCCCUGCUGCCCAGCCUCCCAGAGGCCACCCAGCCUCCCUCCUCCCCGCCCCCCCUUGCUCCACCCCUGCCUGAGGCCCCACAGCCUGAGGAGGAGCCACCAGCACCUGAGGUCCCCAGCCUGGGCGCCCCUUCGUCCUCUCUGGAGCUGCUGGCCUCCCUCACUCCCGAGGCCUUUUCCCUGGACAGCUCCUUGCGGGGGAAGCAGCGUAUGAGCAAGCACAACUUUCUGCAGGCCCACAAUGGGCAGGGUCUGCGGGCUGCCAGGCCUGCUGAUGACCCUCUCAGCCUCCUGGACCCUCUCUGGACACUGAACAAGACCUGAGCAGGCUCUGCCUGCCUGUUCCUCACACUACACCACCAUCGCCCAGGCCUGGCAGGGUCUCUGGAGAGACGGGCCGGGCCUUUACUCCCAUUCCUGCUGCCUUUUUAGCCCUGCCUGGCCCAGCCUGCACACCGGUGGGGUGGGGAUGCACCGUAGGCCUUGUGUCAGGUUUUCCUUUGUGGGGCCUCAUGUUUUCCACCUCUUCACUGGUGAAGUAAUAAACCAACCUGUUCCAUA